GAUUCAGGUGAGGUCAACUCUCCAGGACAUCAAGUCCUCAGCAGCAGCAAAGAUCUUCAGUCUGAAAACACAGUUCUAUCCAAGUUUCCUUCCAGAGAAGAUGUGUCUCUGGGAGUUCUGACCCGUCGCUUCCUGGAUUUGUUCCUGAAGGCACCGGACGGCUCGCUGGACCUCCGACAUGCGACCACGAGCCUGAGAACCCGUCGGCGGAGAGUCUAUGACAUCACCAACGUGCUGCAGGGCAUCAAUCUGAUCGAUAAGCAGUCAACCAACAGAAUGAAGUGGAUAGGAGCCUGUCCCAUCUCCAGCUUUCUGGAUCAGAACCAGAUCCAAGAAGACAUGGACAACCUGAAGGUGGUGGAAGAAACUCUGGACUGUCUGAUCCAGACCAGUGACCAACAGUUGUUUGAUAUGACCAAUGACCGGAACAACUCUAUAUUAGCGUAUGUGACCCUUGAGGAUUUCAGUCGGCUCGAAACCUUUCAGGAGCAGACGUUGGUUCUGGUGAAAGCUCCAGAGGACACCAGGCUGGAGGUUCAUACUCCUAAAGAGAAAAGCAUCCAGGUCCAUCUAAAGGGGGUCACGGGGCCAAUCACAGUGAUGACCUUUGACAUAAAGACCACACAAGAAACCAGCGAGCAGAGAAACAACUGCUUCUUAACACUAGACGAGAGCCGGAUAAAUACGACUGAGCUUCACACAGGUUCAUGUGGAACAUCAACAUGACCACUAGGGGGAGCCAGUGGUCCUUGUGGUUCUGCAGAGGAAGGUUUGUUGGGGUCCUCUGGUCCAACAGAUCAGAUCUGCUUCAAGAUGGAAAAACUUUGAUCAGACUGAAAAACUGGAUCAUUUUCAUUCCUUCUGAUUCAGAUUGAGACCUGAACUCUGAGGGUCAAAGUCUCAUCUUUACUGUAAAACAUUUUGGUUUUAUAUAUGUAUUUUUUUCUGAAUAAAAGAAUAUUUACAUUUGUAACUUUCUUAAUAAACAGUUAAAUAAGA